UCACUAUUAAAAGAGUGUUUACUGCUCCAUUAUAUUCCACUAUUAGACUUAAAUGAAUGCCAAAAUGAUCUGAAUUACUGUCACAAGCUGGCAAUGUGUACAAACGAACGUGGCUCCUACAUGUGCAAGUGUAAACCUGGAUACGUUGGAGAUGGAUUUGAUUGCAACAGCUAUGCUGGCCUAGGUUAUUCGGCAAUAUUAGCAAAGGAUGACCAUUACCAUAAAACCUUGAGCAUUUGGUUAAGCCCUGUUGUGCAAAGCCAGUCCUCUUACUGGAAGCGCUGCUGGAGAGCAUCAGUGGAUGGUUGGGCUGCCUCUACCUUCCACUCGUUCUGUGACAGCAAAGGGCCGACAGUGACCAUUAUCCGUGUAGGAAAAUACAUCUUUGGUGGAUACACCAGCUUAUCAUGGACUUCUAGUUGGGAGUACCAGUACUCUUCGAGCGCCUUUUUGUUCUCAUUGGUUAACAAACCAGGCUGGGGACCAGUGAAACUGACCCAACAAGGGAAGUAUAGUUAUCGGAAGAAACAUUCCAUAUACAGUUGUUCUAGCGUUGGACCCACAUUUGGUAGAGCACACGAUAUUUACAUUUCCGACUACGCCUCAUCCAACACAAAUUCUCUCUCAGACCCUGGAUACACCUACAGUCCACCAUCUGGUCACAUUUAUAGCGGCUCCUUCACCCGAUCAUUCCUGGCAGGAACUUCUAGUUGUGUGCACCAGUACUCUUCGAGCGCCUUUUUGUUCUCAUUGGUUUCAUUGGUUAACAAGCCAGGCUGGGGACCAGUGAAACUGUCUCGAACAGGAAAGUAUAGUUCUCGUCGUUACUCCAUCUACAGUUGUUCUAGCUAUGGACCCACAUUUGGUGGAGGACACGAUCUUUACAUUUUGAACUAUGCCUCAUCCAAUACACGUUCCUACACAAACCUUGGAUACACCUACAGUCCACCAUCUGGCCACAGUUAUGGCAGCUCCUUCACCCGAUCAUUCCUGGCACGAAGUUACAAAUUUCAACCGGAUGAGGUUGAAGUGUUUUACGAAACCACUUGACACAGACCUGUUGAAUCAAGUGUCAUAAAAAAUUCGAACAGGAUUUAGAAAACUAAAAACGUUAAUUCAUCAUUUUGAAGGCUUGUUACGUAAAGUAGACUUAUGAUA